AUGUCUUCAGCCCCAAUAGCAACGAGUAUCGACACCCCACUUGUCGAUAGAGCAAGGGCAGCCUUCUUCUCCCAUUACGUCCUCGGGUUCGCCAAAACUUACGAUGUUCUGGAUCGGAUGGGCCGACAAGCCCCGCUAGACAGCCACCUGGCAGCCAGUGUUGAUGCUGUGAGCUUGGCCUUUUUCACUUUUCAGUACGACGCUGCCAGUGCAUACAAGCCUGCGCGAGAGACUUACUUGUCUGCCCUUCCGCUGGUCAAAAGUGCUGUGGCUACGACAGAAUUCCUUGCAUCCGACUCGACCUUGUUGGCAGUCCUCCUGCUCGACCUGUUCGAAAAGAUAACUAACCGCAGCCCCAUCUCGUCUGAUGCCUGGAUGAGUCACGUCAAGGGUGCUCUGGCCCUUGUCAAGUUGCGUCGUAUACAACAACUGCAAACAUAUAUCGGUCUCCGCCUAUCCGUUCGCCUGUUCACCAACAUGCUGAUAAGCUGUGUGGCGGGCGACUUCCCAAUUCCACCUGCGUUGGUCAAGCUGCGUUCGGAUAUACAGCCUCAUGUCGACGCCAAAGAUCCCAAAUGGCGGGUCUCUGGACUGGUUAUGAAGUACGCCAACUUCCGCGGACAGGUAAAGGAGGGAGUCCUUGCACCAUCCGACAUCAUCACACAAGCGAAAAAGCUGGAUAGCGAGUUUGGCUCACUUGCUCGAGAAAUGCCUCCGUCUUGGGUUUCUCACAGGGUUUCGGUCCCAACAGGCUCUCCUAGUGUUCUGGAACAAUACUACGACGUCUAUCCUGACUAUUUUACAGCACAGACUUGCAACGUUAUCCGCAUCAUGCGAAUUCUACUCAACAACCUCAUCCGAACGACAUAUAUAAAUAUCAUCUCGGGUAGCACUGAUAAUCCACCGCACGGACUGAAUAUCGCCUUUGCUUCUCAUAUCAUUGACACCAUGGCAAGAGAGAUUUGCGCCACCGGCCCACAAUUCUCGCAAAGGCCAGCUCAUUCUUCACCUUUCCGAAAACUACACGCCUACACGCUUUUGUUUCCGUUCUACGUGGCUGCAAUAUUUGCAAGCCCCGAGACAAAAGUCCGGGAUUGGGUGAUUCAGCAAUUGAAGUGCCUCUCCCGCGACUUUGGGCUGAGAAAUGCCAGCGUCGUGGCUGAGGUGCUGGAGAAGAGACUAAACACAAGUCCCUGGUCGAUGUAUGCAAUCCUUGGGAGUUAUGCGUUCGCAGCAUAG